AAAUGACCACAAACGACGAUUUAGCAGCAUUAACAACACAAGAAAUUAUUAGUGCAGUGGAGGGAAAUGUCUCUGAUCAUGAGGAGAGUGUUUGGUCGAUAGCUUGGCAUCCAAAAUAUUCUAAUUUAUUGGCAACUUGUUCAUCGGACAAGACUGUGAGGUUGUAUUAUGUGAGAGUGUUGAGUCCUUCGGGAAGAUUAUUUGCCAAGUGUAUUGAUGUGUUGGAAAAUCAACAUAAUAGAACAAUUAGGAGAGUAGAUUGGUCUCUUCCGAGUGGAAAUGCUCUUGCUUGUGCUAGUUUUGAUGGUACAAGCUCUAUUUGGAUUCUUUUGCAAAACAAAUUGCAAAAUCAUUUACAAGCCUUGGAAGAGGAAUCACAAAAUAGCAAAGAAUCAUCACCAACAACAUCAGCAAAUUUAGGACUAUUGAAAUGUGUAUCUACUUUAGAAGGACAUGAAAAUGAAGUAAAAUCCGUAGCUUGGAAUUAUAAAUCAGCCUCAUUGAUGGAUCAAUCCGAUGAUCAUGAUGGAGAGGAUGGUGAUUGUGGACUCUUGGCUACGUGCGGACGUGACAAAACUGUUUGGGUUUGGGAAGCAAUUGAUAAGGUUGGAUUCUCUGAUUUUGAUUGUAAUUCUGUUUGCAGUGGUCACACUCAAGAUGUUAAAUUUGUUGCUUGGCAUCCAUUGACAAGAUCAAAUAUGCCAUCCUUAUUAUAUAGUGCAUCCUAUGAUAAUACAAUUCGUAUAUGGAAAGAAGGAGGAUUUGAAGAAGAUCACGAUCGUCAAAGUGAUGAAUGGAAAUGUGUUGGUAUUUUGAGAGGCCAUACCAGCACUGUUUGGGGACUUGCAUUUGAACCUCAAUUGAGUAGUGAUGACCCUGAAUAUCCUCAAUAUAUGGUUAGUGUUGGAGAUGAUAAGUCACUCAUUCUCUGGCGUGAAGAUGUAGUAGGCAAUUAUAUUGAUAUGAAUGUAACCCAAGUUCAAACAAUUUCAGAUGUACACACCAGAACGAUUUAUUAUGUUGAUUGGUGUGUUUACAAACAUCCAUCUACUGGUCAAUCGAUUUCUCUUGUUGCAACAGCUGGAGGUGAUAACACUAUUGCAAUUUAUCAAUUUGAUACCACCACAAGACAACUCAAAUUAUUAACCAAAAUUGCUAAUGCACACGAUUCUGACAUUAAUUGUUGUAUAUGGAAUAAGAAUGAAUUUGGUUUGUUAUCAUCAUGUUCUGAUGAUGGUGCAGUCAAAUUCUGGAAAUUAAAAAUGUAAAUUAUUAUUCCAAAAAAGUGUUUUUUAAUACAAUAAAAUUUAAAAAAUUAAUCUACCAAACUAAUCUUCAUAUCCAAGUUACGAACGGUUUCCCAAUAAGUAUCAGGAUUUGUCCUCUUCAAAUAUCUCAUCAUUCUCUUUCUUCUAUUGACUAUCACUUGCAAUUUUCUUGAUGAAGCAUAAUCCUUGUGGUUGGUUUUCAAAUGUUCAGUGAGAGCCUUGAUACGUUCAGUAAGGACAGCAAUUUGAACUGGUGCACUUCCUGUAUCACGUGGAGCCAUUUGGAAACGCAAAAUUUGAGUUUGCUUCUUUUGUUUGUUAAUUUCUGGUUUUGAGGCAGUGUCCCAGUUGAAAAUCUUCUUGACUUGUUCCAAAGCAGAAUCGGAAACUGGUGAAAGAAUACCAGCAUCAUUUCCUUCCAUACCAAUUGGUGUUUCAGUGGAGGACAUUCCAGUAGCUAAAAAGUCAUCAGACUUGAUACCACAACGAAAUUCCACAGUAGUUUUGUCAUUAUAAUCUCUGACCUUCCAUUCGUGUCUCUUUUUCUUUGGAAUUGUGAGGAAUGGUGAUUCAAUAGCUGGAUAUUUAGAUUUAUCAAAAGCUUUCAUUUUAGUAUAAUCCCAAACUGGGUUACCGUGUCUAUCGAGUUUAGGUGGUUGCAUAUAUCUUUCCUUCAUGUGUGAUUUAGCGACUGGGAAGGUAUCUUCAAUAUAACGUGGUGAUGGAAGAUUUUCUUCUCCUUCUUGUUGCUUUUCACUUGGUCGGAUGGAUGUAUGGAAGUUUUGUUGUUGUGUUUUUAAGAAGAGAGAACCUGGUGAUGGUUUAGAACCAAAGGCCAAAGCCUUGCAGGAUGAAUUAGAAAUAAAGCUACGC